CCCGCAUGUGCACUGUGUCCACGUGUUUAGAAUUAUUAAUUAUGAUUAAUUAUCAGUUUUUACUUCGUGAUAAAAUACUUUUCUUGAUGAUUUUGCAGAUUUUCUAUAGUAAUCUUUUGAUACAAAAGUGUUGACUCGGUUUGUAAUGUCAACACUUUUUACGACAACACUCAACUUUCAGCUACAACAUGGACUUUAAAACAGUUACCCCAUCCCCAGAUGCUAUAACCCUCAAUGAAAUAAAUGUUUGUUUAAUUAACCAAUGUAAAGCGCUUCUAGAUGUCAAGACAUACUGGCACAAAUUCUAUAUUAUAGAAACUUAUGGUUUAACGCGUAACUUAGUAUUAAAAACUCUCUUAGAACACAUACAACCUUUAGAACUUAUCCCCUUGUGUUACACAGAAGAAGGCAAAGGUGCAUACUUUUUUGCAAGAAAUUGUAGCCAAGUUAUUAAAAAAUUUUGUAGUGACAAAUUAACAGUACAUAACCCAUUUGACUUUAGGAAACCUUUCAAGCUAAAAAUAGCCCUGAAAUAUACCACCACUUGUAAUGUAAAAGUAGACCACUACUGUAGAAAUGUUCUGAAAGUUUUACAAAAACGUCUCAAAUCACACAUUUUGUGUUUAAAUAAUUUUGUGGAAGAUCCAGAUUUGAAUGACUUUCUUCUAUUAUCAGAACCAAAACUUCUAGCUUUUGUAUUAAAUGUCGCAAAAAUUUUAAAACCUAAAAUCAUCAAGUUGUGUAACAAUGAAAUUAAAUCGUUGGAGGCUCUAAGAGUUUUACCUGCGCAAAGUAUUAACGCAUUGGAUUUAAGAAAUAAUUUAAUCACAAAUCUUACUGAAUUAAAACAUUUAUCGAUUUUCGAUAUUACUGAAUUGUGGUUGGAAGGAAAUCCUCUGUGCGAUUUGUAUGACGAAUAUAAUUACGUGGAACAAAUAAUUAAAUACUGUCCAAAAAUCGAAAAACUUGAUGGUUUUUUACUGAGGCAAAAUGGAGUUCCUUCAUUUAGAAGAAAUUUCUUAUGUGAUGUUUCAGCAUAUGACGUUAUUGAUCAGUUUUUGGAAGAUUAUUUUCCAACUUACGAUUCCAAAGACCUUGCUAAACUUGAGUCAUUUUAUCACAAAGAUGCCUUAUUUUCUAUGACGGCGGAACAGUUUCACAAUCAAGUUUCAUCAGCAACUUCGCAUAUCAAAUCAUACAAACAAUACUCCAGGAAUUUGAUGGAUACACCAAACCGGGACUCCAAUUUAUACAUUGGAAGUCGUGAAAUAGUCAAAUUAUUUGAGUUGUUACCACAUUGUGAACAUGAUCCUUACUCGUUCACAGUUGAUGUGAUGCAUUACUCUAAGAAACUUGCCAUUAUUAUUGUAACGGGAGUCUUUAUGGAAAUCCCUUAUGUUAAAAGAAUUUUAGGAUUUAACAGAUAUUUCAUUCUGGAAUGUCGGGAUAAAAAUUUUCGUAUUGCAAACGAGCAACUUCACAUAUUUAACGCUUUAAGUUCCCAACAAGCCAAGGCAUUUAAAAAACCGAGAGUUUUGCAAGAACCUCGAAAUGAGACUCAGAAGAACCAAAUGUUGAACACAUUUGCCAUUAUUACAAAUCUGACCAAAGAAUGGGCCAAAAUAGUUUUAGAAGAGUGUCACUACAAUUUGAAGCAUGCCUUGUUAGUUUUUAUAGAUUUGUAUAAAAGUGAUAAAAUCCCAUCUCACGGGUUUAAGACUUAUGAUUAAUGUUUUUAAGUAUCAUUGUUACAUUGAAUAAAUUCUGGUAUGUU